ACAAUUUUACACGAACCACUUUGAGCACUGUAUAUUUGUGUUGUGCCAUGUGUCUACUUCACCGUCUAUAUUUAGUUGUUGUCAUGUGUCGUGCUGGUCAGCUGGGACCCCGCAGCAGCAGGACACGCCUCUGUGCUGAAUGGAGCGCGCCGUGCGUAAAGUCCGACCUGCAGCGGAUCCAAACUUUUUGUUUUCUCCACUCAUUUUUCAGCAUUUUUAUCAACUCGACGUUAUUGCUUCGCUUUCAGUCGAGUAAAUGCAGCGAUGACUCGAGAGGAAGAUCUCAUUCGGAUUGCAAAAAAACUGGACAAGAUGGUGUCUAGAAAUAACACGGAGGGUGCCAUGGACCUUCUGAGGGAACUGAAAGGUUUCAAUAUGACACUCAAACUUCUCCAGGAAACGAGGAUCGGCAUGUCUGUGAACGGUAUCAGGAAGCACUGCACCGACGAGGAAGUCAUUGCUUUGGCAAAGGUUCUCAUUAAAGACUGGAAAAGACUUCUGGACUCUGGACAUUCUCAAUCUGAGAAACCGUCUGAAAUGAAGAACGGUUUGGACUCCAGCAAAACGGCCACGUCUCCAAACAGCUCACCAUCUGAAACACAGAGCAGUCACAGGAAACUGGAUGUUAAACCGAAACAAGAUUCAGAUCCUGACACAAAGCACUCUAGUAAAAACAGAAAAGAAAAACAUAAUGACGAGCACAGAAACAAAAAGAGACACACGGAUGACCUCAGCGACGAGAAGCACCUGGAGGAGCCCCAAAAUGAGAAACAUCCCCAAGAAAUGAGAAAAGAGAAGCAUCUAGAAGAAUCCAAAAAUCAACGACCUGUAGAAGAUGCCCAACAAAAAAUAGAUGACAAGAAACAGAAGCAUGUGCAAGACCUGCCGAGUGAGAAACACAAGUCAGAAUUUAGGAAAGAAAGACCAUUAUUUGAAGAACCAAAAAAGACGAGACACGUGGAAGAAGUCAAAAAGGAGAAACACCCCGAGGAGCCCAAGAAGCACAGCUACAUGGAUGACCUGAAGAAGGACAAACACAGAGAAGAAAACAGACAUGAGAGGCCGAUAAAUACACCACAACGUGAGAGACUGCAGGGUGAACCCCAGAGAGAGAAACCUGCUGACGCUCAUAAAGCAAUAUUUGAAAGGAGAGGAGUGUUGGACAGCAGUAUUCUGUAUCCUACCCGGUUCCCCUCUCCUCCUCGACCUGCUCGUCCUCUUUUCCCAAUCAAACGCCCCUCUUUGGACCUGAAAAAAGACAGGAAGGACGGUAAAGACUCUUCCUCCAGACAUCCUCGUCCUCAUGCCCCCCAAGCCACCUCUCCUCCAGGCAAGCGACCCUCACUGGAAGUCAAGAAAGAGAGGUCAGGCAUGCUCUGGUGCAUGUUUGUGAAACAAUUCUCUCAGUUAGUGCAGAGAAGUGUUAACAUUUUAAGGGAAACUCAAACAAAUCUUCGUUUUUAUAUCAGGAAAGUUCCACCGGACCCAAAUGCUCCUAUUGCUCCUCUUCCUCUUUACCUUCAUCCACCUCCACCAAGAAAAGAGCCUCCUGACCCCAACGCUCCUCUUCCUCCACUCCCUCUUCACCUUCACCCUCCGCCUCUUGUGAAACGUCCCUCACUGGACGGGAAAAAGGAAAGCAGAAAGGAGUCAACAGAGUCUAAACCUCCUUCACUGAAGAAGACGUCAGAUCACGUAAAGAGAGAAAGGAAAGACUCAUCAGAGAGCAAAGUGUCUAAAAAGCACGCCAAUGAAGGCAAGAAAGAAAGGAACGAUUCAUCUGACUCUAAACCGUCUCCUCCCAAAAAGCCCACUGUGGAUGUCAAAAAAGAAAAACACAGGAAGGACUCCUGUGACUCAAAGCCUGGACAACCUGUGAAACGUCAAUCAACUGACUCCAAACCUGACAGGAGGGAAUCCACUGAUUCAAAGAAAAGCAGCUCACCACCAGCAAAGAAGCUAACCGCUGAAAGGAGAGAGUCUCAUGGCUCCAAGACCUCUCAGCCUGGACCUCCACAGAGGAAACCCUCUACUGACAGCUUUGAAAGAAAGGGCAAAGCCGAUACUCCUAAAUCUCCCACCACCCCGACCAGCCCCAUGUCUCCGAGCUUCAGUUCUGCCGGGGGUCCACUGCCCCCUCACCUCGCUACCGGAGACUCCGUUAGAGACAAGUGCAUUGAGAUGCUGGCAGCUGCCCUGCGCACAGACAACCACUACAAAGAUUUUGAAACUAACUGUGACAGCAUGGCUGCAGAGAUUGAAGAUCAUAUCUACCAGGAGAUAAAGGCCACGGACAUGAAAUACAAAAACAGAGUCCGCAGCCGCAUCAGCAACUUAAAGGACCCAAAGAACCCUGGUCUUCGCAGAAACGUUCUAGCAGGAAACAUCGAAUUAAGCCGCAUCGCCUCUAUGUCUGCUGAGGAAAUGGCCAGCGACGAGCUGAAGCAGCUGAGGAACGUUCUCACCCAGGAGGCCAUCAGGGAACACCAAAUGGCCAAAACAGGUGGCACCACCACCGACCUGCUGCAGUGCGGCAAGUGCAAGAAGAAGAACUGCACCUACAACCAGGUGCAGACACGCAGUGCUGACGAGCCAAUGACCACGUUUGUUCUGUGUAAUGAGUGUGGUAACCGCUGGAAGUUCUGCUGAUGCCUUCCAGGUGAAACCAUGUUUUUUUUUUUUCUGAGCAUUUUGAAAUGGAUAUUUUCUAUAAUGGGAGGAAGUUUAUAAAUUAUUGCAGCUAGUGAUUUGAACAGAAAUGUGUUCUUACAAUUUUUACUUAAGUUUUGAGAUGUGUAAGCAUGUGCUAAUAAUCAGGGUUUGCUUUAUAUGGAAUUGAAGACUGAGCAUGAACGACAGCUUGUUGACUGAAACGAGUGACGAUCACGGUGCUGUCCAGUUUAAUAUGCCACGACAUAUUACAGCUGUUCACUUUGUAUAUAUUUAAUUCCAAUAAAACUGCAUAGAUCAUCAGUAUGAUGGCUUUUAAAACUCACAUUUAAUAAAAAACAUUGACAAUCUGUCUUCUUCAGA